CCGAAUGAGUAAGUGGUUGUUUCUACGCAUAGUCAACGACUUGGAAGCCAACUACGAUUAUUUUAAACAAAAACCGGAUGCGAGAGGGGCACUUGGAUUUACCGGUAUCCAAAAGUGUACGUCGGCAUUACGAAUCCUUGCUUAUGGUAACACUACCGACAUCAACGACGAGUAUCUAAAAAUGGCGGAGAAAACAACACGAGAUAGCUUGGAACAUUUUUGUCGCGGUAUAAUUGAUGUGUACGGUGCGCGUUAUCUUAGAACGCCUACAUGGGAGGACCUUCAAAAGAUCUACGAGGUACAUAAUGCCGAGCAUGGUUUGCCUGGUAUGAUCGGGAGCAUAGAUUGCAUGCAUUGGCGUUGGGAUAACUGCCCGACUGCAUGGCGAGGCCAACACACACGUGGUGACCAAAAAGGACCCACUAUUAUUCUUCAGGCGGUUGCUUCACGGGACCUUUGGGGUUCAUUAGUCAACACGGUUGAAACGUCCGGUACAAUCCGGUUGAACCAUUUCUGA